AUGAAAACUUCCAACUCAGCCCCCUGGGGCCCCCAGGGGCCCCUAAUGCCAUCUGAACAAAUCCACCAAAACAAAGGCCUCGGGGGGCCCCAGGGCCUCGGGGGGCCCCAGGGCCUCGGGGGGCCCCAGGGCCUCGGGGGGCCCCAGGAGGCCUACAGGGCCCCGGGGCCCCUAGGGCCCCAGGGGCCCCAGGGGCCCCAGGGGCCCCAGGGGCCCCAGGGGCCCCAGGGGCCCCAGACGCCCCAGGGGCCCCAGACGCCCCAGGGGCCCCGGGGGCCCCGGGGGCCCCAGGGGCCCCAGGGAUCUCAACGGUUUCAGGGGGUUCGAGGGCCCCAAUUGCCUCAGGGGCCCUGGGGGCCCCAGGGGCCCCGGGGUCCCGAGGGGCCCCAAGAUGGUCAGCAGCAGCAGGGGUUCCAGGGGCCCCAGGGGCCCCCUGAUGAAGUGCAGCAAUGCGGAAAACCCCAAGGGCCCCCUGAGGGGCCCCCCGAGGGGCCCCUCGAGGGGCCCCCUCAGGGGCCUCCACGGCCUUUUGUGAGGACCACAAAGACCCAGGCCUUGAGGGUACAGCAUAUUGCUGCCAAGAUACUUGGCCUGCAGCAGGGGGCCCCCCGGGGGCCCCUGGGGCCUUGGGAGGCCCCCCAAGGGCCCCCAGGGGGGCCCCCAGGGCUUCAGAAGGCCCUUCAGGGGCCCCAGGGGCCCCAGGGGCCCCUGGAGAAGGCACAACGUGGGGGGCCCCUGGGGCCCCUGCAGCGUCAGGGUACUGGGGAAAGGGGGGCCCCCGGGGGCCCCCGGCGUUUGCUGGAGGCCCUAAAAAGAGACAAAAAGGGUACACUUCAAGAAAAGGAAAAAGAAACAAAAGAGACCCUUGUGGGGCAGUUUGUCAAACAUAAAAACUUCGGGGUCGUCCCCAAAUAUAUCAAAGCUAAGGGGGGGGGCCCCUGUGAGCUUUUGGCAGAAGCUGAGAGGCAGCGGCUGCUGGAAGUGAUGAAGCAGCAGCAGCAAGACGCAGAGAAAGCCCUAAGCGAGCUGCCCAUUGCCCUCAAGACGCAGCGGCAGCUGCAGCAGCAGGAAAAGCUGCUGCGGCUGCUGCUGUCGCUAGACAAAGAAAUAGACAAGUUAGAAGCAGCAAGGGGAGUCCCCUCUCGCCAAGGGUUUAGGGUUUAG